AUGGUUUUGGUGAACAUCGUGGUCAUCAUCUUGAUCAGCUUUUUGAACCACCCCUUUGCUAUCUCUGGUGAAGCUCUUGGCAGCCACGACGUUAGCAACGAGAAGGAGAACUUUGAGACGCUUGCGAGCUGCCGCCAGCUGCGGAAACACACGGCAGAGUUUUGUCCAGUCUGCCAGCUACACUGGCAGAGUGCCAUGGAUCGCACAUACGUGCACAAUCCAGGGGGACGGCACCAAGCCUACCCACAGUGGCAGCAAGACUCCCAGUGGCAACAAGCCCCUUCCAGGUGGAACCGAACCAGGUCCAAGAGCAGAACGCACACGCCACGUGGGCGACAUCGAUCCAAAAGUGCCCAAGAUCGCCAUCAAGGAGAAGGAAAAGGUCAACAGACACAGGCACCAAACAUUUAUUACGGCAAGGGACAGGGCAAGAUCCCGAUGCCGCCGUUGCCACCACCAGCAACACCAUGGACUGGCUACAGCGCACAAAGUCUGCCAAUGAUGAAUGCCCAGCAACAGCUGCCGCAAAUGCAGCCAGUGCUACCGCAGACAGCGACAACGGUGCAGGCGUCAUAUGCACCUCUUGCACCAGCGCUGCAUUCUUCGAUGCCUCCACAGCUCAGUAUGGAAUCAGCGCAAAAGGAGUUCAUCGAGAUGGCAAAAGCCAGGCAAAUGGAAUUGCCUCCGGACAUGAGACAGAAGGUUCUACGCAUGUCCAAGUCCGAAGGGGCGCAAGCAACCAAAGAUCUUCAUUCUGCAGUGCGAAGCCUUGGCCUUGCAAGGAAAGACGUGGAAGAAGCCCUACAAGCACGCUGCAAUCUGAUCACUUCCUGGAAACACUUCCUGGCAGAUGCAGUUCAACAAUGGCAAGGCUAUACCACGCUCUUCCAGCAGCAGGAGCAGGAGCUACAGGCACGCAUCCAACAGGCUCAUGCAGUGUUCACCACAGCCAAGGAGCAAGCAGAACAAUCACAAGCGGAAGCAGGGAAGAUCAGUACCAUAGAGAUCACAGACGAAGAAGACGAACUCCCUGGAGAUCAAGCGACUGUGGAAAAAGCCUCUGGCCAGAUUCAAGAGGGCCUGAGCAAUCUUACAGCAUCGCUCCAACAACUCCAAGCCAGUGCAGAGGCGAUCGAGACGGAGGAGAAGUCGGCAAAGAGACCGAGGACUUCAGAAACCCCCGUACAAGAUCAAACCAUGGAGGCAGGAGGAGAAGGCGCACUGGGAGAGCUCUACCCCAGCCGCUGUGAUGAAGUGGAACAAUCGUGCAGUGUGCAACGACGCACUGAGUUCCGUCGAUUGCCAUCAAGACCAACCUGGGCUAAUGGUAUUGAAGCCAUUUUGAACACAGAUGGCCAUGUUGACGAGCAGGAGGAAGACAUGGUAGUCUACGUCACAUCGUAUUUCAUCAGCCACCGUGAUCUUCCUUACCAUGAUGAACCCAGGGUCCUGAGAUUUGAUCGUGAGGUAGAGGAUAACGCAAUUGCGAUUUUCCACGGACUUGGAUUGCUUGUUCGUGUACCAUCGUUACUCUCGGAGGAGGAGAUUGAACAAAACCUGGUACGUCGAAUACAAGAACAGCGAAGACAAAGGAUCGGCAACUCCUGGGAUCCGGAUGAUGAUGAUGUUCAUCCUGAAGAUGCACGUCCACCACAUCGUCAUCAAGACGCUGGCAAUGGAGAUCACGGACCCGAAGAUGCUGUGUCCUUUAUGGCCAGGAAUGAGGUCAACUGGAGGAUUGCGCCUGAGCACCAACGACAACCUGCUUCCCUGUCAAAUCUGAAUAGCAAUCCACAAGCGGCCCCACGACAGCAGAGAUCCGUGCGUUUCCACUCAGAGGAUCUGAGGAAGUUUGGACGACUCUUCGAACAACAGGCCCUCAUUGAGUGCGAGGAGGGGCCAUUCCCCUUCGGACUAGUGGACAUGGAAGAAAUCCCCAGAGCAGUGGGCCUGGUCAUUGAGAUACGACGUUUUGAUGCUCGGCAAGAUGUACAAGGAGAUGGCCUGGAGCUCAUGCAACGCACCACCACGAGAUGGCAGCGACGUGCACAAGUUCCACAAGAUGGCUCCGAGGCAUCUAGCACAGGUGGCAGUUGUGAAGGCUUCAGUUUCAAUCCUGAUGCUCCGACUUUCGUGCCACAGAUUCCAAGCAUGAAUACAGUUCCUGAAGCAAUUGAAGAUCUUCACCAACACUGGCAACAGCAUGCCUUCACUUGGGAAGGUGAAACAGCAUCUUCUACAGUGAUGACGUGGUUCGUAGACCACUAUCACCCCGGGCAGCAAAUCUGCCUACAGCCACGUGCAGUCAGGCUUUUUGAGGAUUUCUCGCGUUGGGAACAACAAUUGAGGAACGCUUGGCAAGACAGAGCACUACCGGGAGCGCCCAUCAUGAUUCAUGUUGUUGAACCAGCGCCACCACAAGUGCAUCCAGAGAUUGCCAUUCAUGUCCUACUUGUUCAAAAUCCACAAGACACAUUGUCAACGAUUGUCCUCACAGGUAUUGACAACACAGAUCACCGACAAGUUCUGUUCACCCAGCUGGCAUUGACUGUGCGGGACAACUUUGUCCUUGACCAAGUCCUCAUGCUUAUUGGCCUAGGACAACAUUGCCUGGCGACAGGGACACAAUUUAUUUGUGUUGCUUGGUAUGGAAACACAGCCAUUCCACUGGGGACGCUAUUCCCGAUACGGGAUGGCUAUGGUAUCAUCUUGCGUGUUGAAUACAGACCGGUCCAACAUCUGCCAGUGGAUGGGAAUGUCCUGCUACAAACGGCUCUUCGAAACACACAGGAGCAUAUGCCCCCACAGGAACAAAGGAUCAGAACCUGCGAGCGCCUAACAGCUGCUACGGUGACUCACGAGCAGCGGCCGCAGGAUUCUGAGAAUGAUGAGGACCACAAACAUCAAUGCGGAACACGACGCACAACGAUCUGUCUUGAAGAUCUUGUGGAGAUUGAGACCGCUCAGGAAGCAAUCACCCUGUGGUAUGAACAUGCAACAGCAUUACAACCACCUUUCAUUGUUGUUGAUGUGAAUGCCAGUGAACAGGAUGUUAGCCUUGCCCUGGAAGAAUGGAACCUUGCGAACAACUUUGCCUAUAUACCAUCCCAUCAGAUUGUGGCCAUCUUGGACCCUGACCAAAAAGAGCAUCUUUGGAUUUAUCUGCCUGAUGAUCCGACACAGAGAACAGAUCAAAUCAUGAUGCGAGCGGGCCAUCAUAUGACCACGCACCAGCACAUGCGUUUUUUGUACACACAGGGCUUCUAUAAAGCUGUUGUCGUCAGUUCGGCACAGAUCCAAGCACAGGUCACCAAGGUCACAUUCAAGAAUGUUAUUGCCCUGCCACCUACGCAAGAGAUCAAGACAAAGGAGCGCACACCGUGGCCGGAGAAACAGACUCCACAAAGUGACCACAGGCCCAUUUUUGACCGACAUGCAGUAGAAGAUCGAGUCCCCACCGCCAGACUCACUUACGGCCUGUCAAUUGAGGAGUUUGAGGCCUUUUUUCAUCCUGAGCACCAUCCACUUCAUCAUGAUUUGAGUGGAUUUGAGCUCCCAGACAGCUGUCGCACACUGAUCGACAACUGUGUGACGCAUCAGCAUAUCGAUAGAUUGCUCAUUUACGCGGAUGGUUCGUCUCAGAGCAGAUACAAGCGCAAGCCGCCUUUAUGGAUUGAAGAGCACGACAUUUGUGACUCCUGGUGUUUUGCUGUCUUUGGUGAGAACUAUGCGAUGUGCUGGGCGGCACUAUGGCGGCUUGCUCAAAACCAUCGACUGCCGACGGUCUUCCUGACCGAUUCGCAACUCACUCGAGGUCAAGCCAGCGGAGACAUCGGUGCGGGCAUCAUCAGCACUCCAAUCCGCAUCCUCCGUGGCCUCUUUCAAGCAUUACAAUCUGCUCUGCCUGAUGAUCAAUUGCGAAUCCAGCACGUGAUGGGACACGCUGGAGAUGCAGGAAAUGAACUUGUGGAUCAUUUCGCCAAGUUGGAAGCAAUUGCCAGCCUGCAUCUUCCGCGCCAGGCCUUUGACUAUGGAACAUGGGCCAGGGUGGUCCCACAUUUGUGGAUGAUGAUACAACAAUCGGCUGAUCUACCCACUUUCACCACCCAUGGAUUUGACAUCAGUGCCCCAGAGCUCCCACGACCUCAAGGAUAUGCCCUGGAACCGCAUCGUUCUGAGCCAGUACGAAGCACCCGACUCCAGCAAAUCCGUCUCAGCUUGUGUAGUGCCAAUGUGAGAUCCCUUUAUGCACAGCCCCAGGGGCACGCAGGCAAACUUGAUUUCCUGCGUAACCAAAUGAAGCAUUUUCAACUCAAUGCAGUUGGGAUUCAGGAGGCACGAUCCAAACCUGGACUAAGCACAGCUGAACAUGUUUUGCGCAUUUCUGGUGGAGAUCAACAGGGACAUCUCGGAGUGGAACUCUGGAUAAACCUGGAGCAACCAUAUGCACAUCAAGGAAAAGCACCGAUCUAUUUCCAGAAGAAUGACUUUGUUGUUGUUGAGGAAGAACGUGAAGAAUGGUGGACGCAGCUCUCUGCUUUGCUUUUCCGCCACGUGCAGUCCGACAAGAUUUUUAUCUUAAUCGACGCCAAUGCAGCCACUGGACCAUGCGAUGACCGCCAUGUAUUCCAAAAUGAUGACCGCACUUCAGCCAACACGAAUUUCUUUGUUGACUUUCUGCAUGCGGCGGAGCUAGCGGUCCCCUCCACUGGACCCUGCCACGUUGGACCGCACCAUACGUGGACCAGUCCUAUUGAUGAUGAGCAGUACAGGCUUGACUAUGUGCUGAUACGAACAGAGAUGGUUGACGACUGCGUUCAUUCACAGACCAUUCCUGAGUUUGACCUCGGCAAUUAUGGAGAUCAUGUCGCAGUUGCAAUCCAGCUACAGUGGGACACUCCAGUCAUGCAAGUGGGCAGAGGGCGCACCACAGCCCGCACAAACGCCCCUGUGCAAAGAUCUGCAAUCAGUCAUCAGACCAUGCACUCCGCUCUCAUGGAGUAUGAGCCCAUGACCUGGUCGCAGGACAUUGAGACGCAGGUUCAACACAUGAACAACUUUGUGCAUCGCUGCCUACAACGACAUUGCGGCAGACCAGCAGCGGCACCGAAGAAGAGCUGUCUUUCAGGUGAAGUUUGGCAAUUCCGUUCCCAACGGAUCCAGGCCAAAAAGAGGCUAGUAGAAGUUCAACGACAAUUACGGUCCGAACUGCUCUACAGGGCCUUGCAGGGAUGGAGGGACAAGACCAAUACCAUUGACUCUGAGGCCAAGAUCUACACGACCACGCUGCUUUGUGGCAAACUCCGCAUUGUUGCCCGUCUUCAUCGACUGGACCGACAGAUGCGUCGAGAAUUGCAACAAGCCAAAGGCCGUGCUCUUGAACAACAGCUUCGACAGAUGCCCCAUGACGCACCUGCGUCGAUGGUAUUACAUGGAAUCAAGCAGAUCAUUGGCACCACCAACUACAAGAGAAAAACAAAUGCACUGCUACCAUUGAUCAACAGACCUGAUGGCACACCAUGCCGAUCGACCAAAGAGAUACAGGAUCGAUGGAUCGAAUUCUUUCAGGCUAUGGAGUGUGGAGAACGUUUGGAAGACUCUGUGCUGAGACAGCGGUGGAUUGACAAUCUUGCCCAACUUCGGUGCCGUGAGAACAAGAUAGAGGCGCGCCGACGAGUUAGCAUCGCCAAUGAGGCCUUCAACCAACAUCGACGGCAGCUUUUUCAGAACCCACAGAUCAACUUGACCAGAAGAAGAGAACUCUUCGUCACGCUGGUGCUGAGUAAGCUUUGUUACGGAAUGGAGUCCUGGACGUUCAAAGACCAGCAAUUGGUCAAUUUCAUACAUGGAGCGAUUCUCCGACUGUACAAGCGACUCAUCAAAGUGCCAGUUGAUCGACACAUGGACGAUUAUGAAGUUCUUGCAGUCUGCCAGCUGCCAUCACCUAAGACCCUUUUUCGAAGGGCAAGGUUGCGGUACCUGCUUACGUUGAUCAAUUGUGAAGACGCUGUUCCAUGGGGCCUCCUUCGCCAAGACCAUGUUUGGUGCAACAUGAUCAAAGAGGAUCUUCAUUGGAUGUGGCGACAACUCUGCAAUACAUGUGCUCUUCGAGAUCCGACAGAUCAUCCGGAUGAGUGGUUCUAUAUCAUGCGCUUUCACAAGAGCUAUUGGAAGACUCUGGUACACAGAGCCACCACGCUGGAUGUCAUGAAGAAUAGCGACACAUGGCAACUACGCUCUAUUCACUCCCAGAUCUUUGAGCACCUGCAAGCAGUAGGCGAUCUCAGCAUUGCUCCGCCACGGCUGGAAGAACCAGCAAGACUGCGAGGGAUGAAGAUGCAACGCCCCCUUACUCCGGGAAUUGGCUCACAACAUAAUGCCGCCUUGAAGCGACAACAUGAUGGGCUUUUACCCUUCCAAAUUGCGGCUGGACCUGCUAUCGAGCCGGGCCCACAAGCUGACGCAACACCCUACAACCUGGAGAUGUACGAGAAGCUCGCACUGAUCUGCUUUGAGCAGGGACAUCAGGGUGGCCAGCACCUUUGUAGCCAGCUUUUUGCAGCAGCGCAGACCAUUGGAUCCUCUUGGACAGAUUUACAUAUGACGGUGGAACAGCUCCUUUUGGACUUCAAUGAUGAAAACUGCGACCUGGCGCAGAUUGCCAAACCCGAGCUCCAUCGUAUCCUUGCUGGACUCCGCGACCCUGCGAACUGGCCGUUUAUGGCCAACAACGCAGGAGCCCCAGAUGCUCGACAUCGCGUUGAGACCCUGGAUACAUAUGAAGUAUGGAGUGAAAGCAUGGCUCAGAACCUUACACAGCAGCCUUGGCAACCUCACCGGGAAACGCCAUCCAGGCCUUUCGCUGAAAGAAUCAUCCUCCAUGCCUACUCCGGAAGGCGAAGGCAAGGUGAUGUACAGUGGUUCCUUGAAGAGUGUGCCGCGCGACAUCCUGCAGUGGACCUGUAUGUCAUCUCGCUGGACAUUGUCAUCGACGCGCACUAUGGCAACAUUGGACGUGAUGAAGUCCGAGAACGUUGGUAUGCUGGUAUGAGACAAGGCUAUGUCGCCGGCUUCUUGAGCGGACCACCAUGUUGCACAUGGUCGAAGGCGCGGGGGAAACAAAUCAAAGGCAAACCCACCGUAGGACGCAGCAUUGGAACAGACAGCACAGGCGUGUAUAGAACGGCGGAACUCAAAGAAUAUCCGCCUGCCAUGUGCGCUGCCUUUGCCCACGCCUUUCUUGACGCCACUUUGACUGACAUCCACGCAGACGUUGCACAGACUGUACAACACGUCUCGCAGGACUUUUUGCAGCUCUGCCAAGCUAUGAUCAGCAAGGAUUUUAGCGCAGAAUACGGUCCGGACUGUGUCAAGUGA